AUGUCUUUAUAUGUUCUAACACUAAAUAGAGAUCUCCUAGCAGCCCCGCUUCGCUCUGGGGCUGCGCCUAACCCCACUGGAACGCAUGCAUUGUUCAGUCUUUCCAAGUAUUCUUUUCAGGACCACCGCAGCGAAGCCGGUACCUAUGUACUGGACUUCAACAGUGGUGAAUUGUGCUCGAUUCCCAAAGAUACAAAAUCGAGUGGCUAUGCAUGGACUGGUUUCGGCUCAGAAAUUAUCUGGCAGAAACAGCUUGACGGCGCGACUAAAUUUUGGGUUGAUGAUGCUGCUGCCCCUGGUUUGAGACAGUACCAGGCCGGUUGCGUUGAUGCUCUAGUUUCAAUUCUCAAGGUAACACGCUUGGCUGACGAUGCUUUUGCAAUUGUUGCCCUUGGCACGGACUCCGUUGCUGCAGAGCAAUCUACGUAUUCAACAGGACGGGCUUACUCUUCACUGCCGGUUCGGAGCUUCUUCGCCGAGCCACCAGUCAAGAAAGUGCUGUGGUACAUGAGGUUUGACGGCCGCAAAUUCCAGGGUGGGCUUCGAUUUUCUCUGUCAUGGCACAGAAUCGAUAUCCUAAAAGACACUGGCUUGGAAUUCGCUUCUCAUUCUAGCGUAGUGCCUAUGGGUCCAACAAAUUGUGAUGUAUCUUCUUAUGGCUUCGUUUUCGCGGGCAAGACACCGGAACAAUCUACCUAUCAACAUCGGCGAGCUUGGACGUCUGAUCUUUUCUUCAUUCCAAUCUUUUCGGGGACUAUCGCAUUCCCCAUAAUCUCAAACAAGGGAUGCGUUGCUUUCCUGAAAAGUGAGGACAAGGCAAAAGUGGCCAGCAAGAAUCACAUUUUCUUCGUCAAUCGAGCUUGCGAGAGUGACCCAAAAGAAAUAUCACUCCACUCUGGAGUUGGAAAAGAUGAUUGGCCUCUCAAUCCUGAACUACUAACUUGGAGUAACGAUGAGUCGAAACUGCUAGUUUCGGCCGCAGACAUGGGACACCAGAGGGUUUUCGAGAUCUUGAUCCACACCUCCACAGGGCCUGAAGGUCUCACGAACGUCCCUAUACACCUAGAAAUCGGACACGGCUCAAUAUCAAGUGUACAUCGUUGUUCCUCCUCGCCGUCCGACCGUCGACUGUUGGUCAGCAAGUCAAGCUUCAUCGAGAGUAGUGUUUUCUUGGUUGUUGAUCCUUCCUCCUCAAAAUCGCCAGAAGUUCUGUCUGCUGUGGCAGGAUGCGAGAAUCUUGGCUUGCAUAGAGGCCAAAUUAUCGAGACUUGGUUUAAAGGCCAUGGCGAUUAUCAAGUACACUGUUGGAUUACCAGACCUUCAUAUUUUCAAGAAGGGGAGAAAUAUCCUGUCGCACUUCUUAUUCACGGUGGUCCACACUCUUCAUGGCAAGACGCUUGGGGCACCCGUUGGAAUCCCAUCUUGUUUGCCGAGCAAGGAUAUAUUGUAGUCUCUCCUGACGUCACCGGUUCUAUUGGCUACAACGAAGAAUUCAAAGAAGCUGCCAUCGACGAGAUGGGCGGUCGCCCAUUCCGCGAUCUUGAACACUGCUUUGACUACAUCGAGCAAGAAGUCCCUUAUGCCGAUACCACGAAUGCAGUAGCCAUGGGUGGAAGCUACGGCGGUUAUCUCAUCUACUGGCUAGCCGGACAACCCUUUGCCAGCAAAUUCAAAGCACUCGUCGCUCAUGCUGGCAUCUUCAACAUCCCCUCACUAUACGCAUCCGAUGUUCCAGAUAUCUGGGAAGUUCUCUUCGGCGGCUACGCCAGUGAUCCUUCCCAGCUCAUCAAGAAUCUUGGGAAGUGGGAUUUAAUACAAUUCGUUCAUCUAUGGAAAACUCCAAUUUUGAUUACACAUGGUGAAUUGGAUAGACGAUGCCCACACACCAUGGGACUUGCGGCCUUCACGAUGACGCAGAUGAGGGGAGUUGAAAGUAAAUUCUUGAGUUUUUCAGACGAGGGGCAUUUUGUGUUGAAGCCAGAGAAUGCGCUAUUGUGGUAUCGGACAGUGAUUGAUUGGAUGAAUAGACACACUGGGAAGGAAGAGCAGACGGAAUAGUCCAG